CAGCACAACAGAUCCACUACGACGCAGAAAUUCGCCAUUGGCCGCUACUGGCGCGGGCUGUCAGCUUGCUUAUUGGUGAGGUCCAGGCAAGGUGGGAGCCUCAGCGUUAGCGCAAAUCAAUCCCACUAUGCCAUCCUGGGAAUUGCGUGCUAGCAAGCUUUUCCAAACUGGGGUAGAUAGCUACAGGGACGGCGAGUUGGUUGUGGUAAGCCAGUUCCUCUAGCUAGGGUUUAAAUAUGCUGGGCUCGCACUAAACCAUCCGUCUGCAACCAGCAAAACAUCGUAACGCUCUGUGACCGUACCUUGCCUCAUAGAUUCAGUAAAAAUGGCAGGCAAGGCUGAGCAAGUCUCGAACGCGACUGCGACUGCGAAUGUAGUUAUGGAGAAUACCGUUACCGACACCUCCGGCCCUAUACCAUUCGCAGAAAAGGGUUCCGAUUCGGACCAUCUUGGUGGCGCUAUCGAGGUCGAAUCUGCCAAGAAGCUCUACACUUUGCGCAACCCCGACGGCCAGGAAGAGGACGUCACCGAGGAUGACCCACGUCUCGCCGAGAUUCCUUCCUACGUUCGCCGCGUUGUUAGCUUCACAGACGAUCCCGACGAGCCCACAUUGACGUUUCGCUACUUUUUCUUAACAAUUCUCUUCGUUGCGCCAGGUGCUUUUCUGUCCCAGUUGUCUCAUUUCAGAACCACCUAUGCACCAUACUCGGUCUUUUUCGUGCAGAUCGCUGGCAAUUAUGCCGGCAUGCUGCUGGCCUACAUCCUCCCCAAGCGCAAUAUCCGCAUCCCGUUCACCAAGAAAUCAUUUUCGCUCAACCCAGGACCAUGGUCUUCCAAGGAACAUGUGUUGGUCACCAUUUCUGCCGCUAGUGGCGCAACCUACAACCUGGGCUACGCCCCGAUCUCCAUGUCUGAGCUCUAUUUCGAUCAGCCUGUCCACCCUGCAGUAGCCAUUUUCUUCAUGCUGUCUAUUACAUGGACUGGCUAUUCGUAUGCUGCAUUGGCCCGCCAGUUCCUUAUCUACGAUCCCCAGUACCCAUGGUUCCAAGCGCUCUGUCAAUCCGCACUGUUUGAGACGCAGAAGAAACAGCGGGAGCACCCUAGUCGUUUGUCGCGCAAGCAGAUGAAGGUAUUCUUCCUAGUAUUGCUCGGAGUAAUUCUUUGGCAGUUCCUCCCGGAAUACAUCUUCCCAAUGCUUGGCUCCCUCGCCUUUCUCUGCUGGGUGGCACCAAACAACCCCACUGCUAACUUCAUCGGCUCUGGGUUUGGCGGAAUGGGAUUCCUCAACUUAUCACUUGAUUGGUCAAAUAUCGGAGUAGACAUUAGUCUAUUCCUCACACCAUGGUGGACGCAAGUUGUGAUGUUCGCCGGUUUCGUGUUCAACUGUUGGGUCCUGAUUCCUGCUACAAAAUGGGGCCAUCUCGCAAAAUGGGACAACAAGCUCAUGUCAAACCGUGUCUUCCAAGAAAAUGGUACUGCCUAUCCGCUAAAGGAGCUGGUUAACAAGGAUUCGACCUUUAACCAAGCAGUAUAUGACCAACAUGGAGAACUAUAUGUUGGACCCCAGUAUUUAUGGAACGUAUUUUUCGACUACGCAGCUUACUCGUCGGCUCUUGUCUGGAUGGGCCUCUUUGGCUACCCGCAAAUCAAGCAGAGUAUUACCAAAUUCCGCGCGCGCAUGAAGAACAAGUCAUCGAAGAAAGUGACUGAACAGUACACCGACCAACUCAACAUCUUACAGCGCUCAUAUGACGAAAUUCCGGCGUACUGGUUUAUUAUUUUAUUCCUAAUCUCGUUUGUCAUCCUCAUCGUUAUCAUUGCCAAAGGUCUUCUUUUCAUCCCAGUAUUUACCUAUUUUGUUGCUCUGGCCACCGGAGCUCUGGUUGUCGUUCCGUUGGGCUGGCUCUAUGCUCUGUCAAACUUCCAGCUCGCUAUUGGCACGACAAACGAACUUUGGUAUGGGCUCAUGGUCAAUGCCAUCUCAGGCUUCAAAAACCCAUGCGGCGCUUCAACCUACGGCUCCAUUGCCGGAGAUGCAUGGUACCGUGCCCAGCUUAAUCUACAAGACAUGAAGAUUGGCCAUUACAUGAAGAUUCCACCCAAGGCUGUCUUCUUCUCACAGGUCUUUGGUUCCUUAAUUGGCAUCCCCAUUGACUAUGCUGUUAUCCGCUGGGUUUUAGACAGCAAGAGAGACUAUCUCUUGGGUGUUACAAAGGACCCCACAAAUCAAUGGACCGGUCAGUCUCUGGCUACAUCUCUUACCACUGGCGUUCAAUAUGUUCUCGUUGGACCGGCCCGUCUCUUCCAACAGGACAUCUGGAAGGUCGUGCCAUUUGGUUUCCUCGUCGGUGCCGCCGCUCCUGUUGUCAUUUUUGGGCUUCACAGAGCGUUUCCUCGGGCUAAGUUCCAUCUGUACAACACUACAAUCUUCUUUUCAACCUGUUCAAAGUUCUAUGGCAACAUCAGCACUGGAUACUUUUCUCGCUUCAUUGGAGGCUUCGUCGUCAUGUACUGGGCUUUCCGCUACCGAUAUGACUUGUGGGCAAGAUGGAAUUAUAUUCUUGCUGCUGCCUUUGAAGCAGGGUUUAAUUUCAACAUGCUGCUGAUCUUUCUGGCCUUUGGUGCAGGCAAAGUCAUUAAAGCGCCGAACUGGUGGGGGAACGACGCGGCAUCUUCAGAGCGUUGCUUUGCCAUAGCUAAAUAGUAUGUAGCAAACAUGUAGUACUAGCCAGUUUCUGCAAUUAUAAUUCCAUUUUCGCUUCUC